AUGGAGGGUUCAAAUGCCAGUGAUCGUGCUGAAAGUGUCCGUUCGUCGUCGGAAUCUCAGAAUUCGCCAAAACAGUCUCAGUCUCCACCAUAUCGAUGCGAUUUUCCAGCCACAAGUUUCUGGAAUAAUCCCGAAUUGCUGAAAUUAAAUAUGGAAGGAUGCUCAACAUCAGAACCUACAUUGGCUCCAUCACCUACAUUUGUGCCUCCCUGUACUGCUCCGAAACCAGCGAAGAUUGUGAAUCCGAAACCAGUUCUUCCUCAGGCGCCUUCAAAUGCUCCGUUCCCUCAGACGAAUAAUGCGGAUGUUACAUCAUUAUCUCAUACUGCCAACUGGGCGCCUCCUCCAAUUGCAGCGCCAAACACAACUAUGCCCGUUCCUCGACCAAUAAUUGGACAGCAACAAGGGUUUAUGCGUAAUGAUAGAAUUUCUCAUGAUGAAAGUGAACUAGAAUUGCUUUCGGCAGAAAUUCUUCGACAGCAGGCAAUUUAUGAGCACAUCUAUAGCCUGAUUAUGACUGGAAAGUUACCUGUUCCUCCACUCAUGCGAAUGUGGAGCCCACAGGUGCGGCCUUGUCAACGCCGUUCGGCAGUUGCUUUAGAGUUACAUGUCCGUCUUGAGGAGUGUUCCGAACAGUAUCGUCAGUUAGAGAAAGAACGUAAGAAAACAGAAGCAGAAUUGGCACGACACAAUUUAGGCAAAAAAAUUUCCUCAACAAACAAUAUGCCUAUACCGCGCCUGGCACAGGCACCAUCACGAAUUGAUCGCUUAAUCGUUGAUUUUUUCAGAGAGCAUGCUCGUGUAGUCACAUUGCUGGGUAAAAUGGAGCAGCUUCGAGAAUGUCCAUUACCUCGAUCUGUUCAUAACGCACUUCAAGGACUUCGUGAUGCUGUGAAGGUUUUGCAGCAGUGCAGGUUCAAUGAACGACAGGCCAUCUUUCAACAACUUCGUGGGGAAAUUCUUAGAUACAAUGAUGAUCGAGAAACGGCAGCGUUGGCAUCUGCGUUGACACAGGUUAAUAAAGCUGUUGUUCGUGCUAGGGCUGCUAAUUGGUGUGCAUUAAUGUGGACAAUUGGAGCAGAUGCGGAAGCUGAAAUCCAAAUUCAACGUAUUCUUCAGGCUGAUUUUGAAUUAGCUCCACCGGAGAUAAAACAACGUCCAAUAUGA